AUGUACGCGCUGAGCGCUACGGAUAUGCCGCUGAAUCGGAAAGCUAAUUCGGGGAACCGGUCACAUCAGUUAAACGUUCCGUCGCGUGACCGCCAGGAUGCUCUUUCUUCCGGGCCACCAACUGCCACUUUACACAACCCGCAAUCCCGCGAUUCUGGCCAGGCAAACGAAUGCCUGGUCGGCGGCAUGACGGUUCAGGAAGCCGACGAAAGGUGGCCUCUUGAUCGUGUACUACAGUGGCUUGCUCAAAAUGGAUUUUCCAAUCAUUGGCAGGAGACUUUUCGGGUUUUAAACCUCUACGGUGCUAGUUUCGUGGAGUUAGGUAGUCGUGCAAAUGGCAGAAAAGACCUAGGUAAAAUGCACAACGUGGUAUAUCCUCAGCUUGCCAAUGAAUGCGCAAAGAGCGGCACUGGGUGGGAUAGGGCAAAAGAGCGAGAGGAGGGGAAACGGAUGCGAAAGCUAAUCAGGAGAAUUGCUGAUCAAGCAAGUUCGGAAAAUGCAACUCUGGGCGCCAGAUACUACGAGGGUCAUAUGCUGCCUAGCGCAUCUACGGAGGAUGGAUUAGAAAAUUCGCCUAAUAUACGGCGGGAUUCGUUCACAAACUUCGGUUCUGGAACCGCUGAAAGCAGCCCUAGUCAGCAAUAUGCCAGAACAACACCCAAUUCCGCUCAAAAGCAGCACUCCGGCCAGCGUUCUGAAUUUCCGACCCAGGAUUCCCGCUCAGACUUUUCCCGAAAUGUUUUCGGAAUGCUGGAUGGCCGGCGGGGACAUAGCCCGUCGGCAUCAAGCGACAAUGGAAUUCCACUGCCUUCCGAAGAUAAUCCUCAAAGCAGCAGUCCUGGACGGCAUAUGGUCACGAUGGCGCACCAAGAAUAUGUCCCUUACUCCGCAGAAAAUACCGGGAGACCUGAGAAGCGCCACAGCUCUGACUCACUGCUAAGCCGAGGGUUCGCAUCUCAAUCCCUCUUUGGGGCCCAUGGAGCUAGUAGACAAAACGAUUCCAAGAAAAACGGAUCAGGGCCAUCGCCACAAGACCAAUGCACGCGCCAAGGACUAGGUGAAUCAUUGCCGAAGGAGCACGGUAAAGGGUUCUUUCAUAAAUUGAAAUGGAAGAAGGGCCCUGAUUCAAUACAUGCUGGCUCAGAUGAGAUAAAUGCCGACUCGCCUACAAGUCCAGCAGGUGCACGCCAUCUCCCUCCAACCUCGGCUUUUAUGAGACAAGGUUACGACGGCAGCGAUAUGUCCCUAAAUGAGAGACCUCCUUCCGUUUCUGAUUAUGAUUGGCUCCAAUCACGGUCUCGAAAGGUCACAACUAACGUGCCUCAAAGGCGAUUCGCUCUGGCUACCCCUGAUGGAUGGAAUUACCGAUUAAUAGAUCUCACAGACGUGGAUGCUGCAGACACACUACGAGCUACUAUAUGCCAUAGCUUAGGUAUCGAGGACCCGGGAAGUGCUUUGAUAUAUCUUACGGAACUUGGUCAAAUCACCCACGAGGAGCCGCUUAGUGAUACAAUGUUGGUUGUGAAUCGCAGGACAAAAUCAGACGCCCAGGCCACUUUGAAACUUUUCGUUCACCUCACCACUCCAUCUGCGACUGUACCGGUGACCCAGCCAACUGGCUUGGGCCUCUCAUUGGCAGAACGCGCUCGACUAGGUAGAAAUAUGGUGAAUGAUGAAGCUAGGAACUAUGUGGGAACAGUAUCGCCCUCCCAUAGGUCUCAGCCAGGGAUGAAGCCUAAUACUAACAAAUUCUCCCCUUAUGACCCUCGGAGCCCUGGCGAAAAUGGCAAUGAUAUCGAUCUAGAUUUGGAAAGUAGAGAGGCAUCAAUAUUAGCAGCUCAUGAAGAAUAUCGGCGAGAAGCUGAACGAAAACAGAAGGCUUAUUUACAAUCAAGACAAGAACAUCAGCAACAGAAAGAGUCACCGCAGGUGUCUAUAAGGCGGGAUGGUGUAAUAGAUUUUGAUUCACGUCGACUUUCUCCCUACGAAGAUAAGAAACCGGAUAACCUAGUUCCACUACGAAAACCGCCAUCGGCACCGUCAGAGUCGAGCACGCUCUCUAAAGUGAAUUCUUUGAGCAGAAAGCCAGGUGAUCGUCCGCCCAAAGGUUAUGACACUGAUCGUUCUAAGCGCAGUUCUGCUGAACAGAUAUCUGAAGAACGUAGAGAGAAACCAUGGACCCCAACUUCAAAUACCCCCUCGUCUGGGGUGGGUGAUGGAUUGGUUGGAGCAGCGUUGGCUAGCAUUGGGAAAGUUUCUAGUGCUAUUGGGAAACCAUUCCCCAGUCCAAUUACUGUCUCUAGUCGUUCUCCACGCUCUGAAUCUGAGCCUGUUUCCGGAAAGGGCCGUUCAUUGCAAUCCGUCGACCUCAACGAUCGUGAUGGACGACGAAACAGUCCAUCUUCGCCGAAAUUGCCCUUUUUCUCCCGUGGGAAGGGUACUUCCAAUUUUAAAGCACCUCACGAAGGCGAUGGGCGUGGGAAGACUCUUGUUCUCCCUGACAACAUGAAUUUACUUCGCACAGAUCUUGAUAGCUCUGCUUCCGCUAGUCCAUCAUCUGCUAAAAUCAGCUCUACUUUGGCAGAAAAUCGAAAGUCAAUUGGUCCUGACUUCGACUUCCAGGAGACCGAAGUGUCUUUCGCGAAAGCACCAGCUGCUGAAGAUGAUUCAGAUGAAGAUUCAGAUGAAGGUCUAUUUGCUAUACCGCUGGCUAGCGCGAAGAGUGUGACGCUAACAAAGAUGAAUAAAACAUCGACAAACAACGGAAGUGCUAUCCAAGGUCGGUCUGCAAAACCUGCUCUCACUGUCAAUACCGGUCGACGAGGAGCCAAGGGGAUGUCUGUAAGCUUCAAAUCACCUAUUAUAAGAGAAACAUCCAAUACGCCACCGACGCGAAGCACAGACAAAGAAAUAGGUGGAGAGAAUGAACAUCUCAGCAAUGAAAAUGACUCGUUAGAUUCACAAGAGGCCUUUGAGUUCAAUCGUCCCGAAUCAAUCGUCCGGGACGACAUUUGGGCAAGCAGGCCUCCGGUAGAGGGUAUGAUUGAACGUCUAGACGAUUACUUCCCAGACGUCGAUCUGGAUGAGCCUAACCUUGAUUCUAUAAUGUCUCAAGACAACACGGACUCUUUUGGUUCAGCGGAGUCCACUCUGAAGGCAAAAGGCACAGCUAAUACCAUUGCACAACGAAAUGUCACUCGAUCCCAAGGUGGUGGACUAAACCGCAUGAAAUCAAUCCGUGAGGUUGCGAAGGGCGCUCACCAGGUUCACAGAAACCAAAGCAUAAUAGCCUCCAAUGCUAGAUCGGGUGCUCUUCUGCGACGCAAGAGUACCAAGAUGUUCGGUGCGAAGAUUAUGCAGGUUAAACCUGGAAGUCGGCUGAGUGAGCAUCCAGUUCCACUGCCGCAGAACCCUGGGUCCCAGAAUAAGCUACCUCAGAGACAAGCUACUUUCCGUAUCAUUCGAGGUCAACUUAUCGGCAAAGGAACGUAUGGUAGGGUAUAUCUCGGCAUCAAUGCAGAUAACGGAGAAAUUCUGGCAGUAAAACAAGUUGAAGUCAACCAAAAGGCUGCAGGCCAUGACAAGGACAAAAUGAAAGAGAUGGUUUCUGCUCUCGAUCAAGAAAUAGAUACCAUGCAACAUCUCGAACAUCCCAAUAUUGUACAGUAUCUCGGGUGCGAGCGCGGGGAACUGUCCAUUUCCAUCUAUCUCGAGUAUAUCCCCGGUGGAUCAAUCGGGAGCUGCCUUCGCAAACACGGCAAGUUCGAAGAAGGCAUCGUUAAGUCUCUUACACACCAGGUCUUGAGCGGGCUGGCAUACCUUCAUGACCAAGGCAUUCUUCACCGUGACCUCAAAGCCGACAACAUCCUUCUCGACCUUGACGGUACCUGCAAGAUUUCUGAUUUCGGCAUCUCAAAGAAGACUGAUAAUAUAUAUGGAAAUGAUGUUACGAAUUCAAUGCAGGGCUCGGUAUUCUGGAUGGCGCCAGAGGUUGUACAAUCACAGGGUCAAGGUUAUAGUGCGAAAGUCGACAUUUGGUCCCUUGGUUGCGUCGUGCUAGAGAUGUUCGCUGGCCGACGACCAUGGAGUAAGGAGGAGGCGAUUGGAGCUAUUUUCAAGCUGGGAAGUUUGAACCAGGCGCCGCCAAUUCCUGACGAUGUAUCUGUAGCAAUCACGCCGGAAGCUCUUGCUUUCAUUGAUACUUUCGAACGCCCGACUGCGGAAACCCUGCUCUCCCAGCACCCUUUUUGCAAACCUGACCCGCACUACAACUUCCUGGAUACUGAGCUGCAUGCGAAGAUUCGACAUGUUCUCUAA